ACGAUUGUCAAGAUGGCGUGUAUUAAAGAGGAGAGUGAAGACCUGAAGAUUGAAGAAACAGUCAAACGUGAAGAUCCCGAGGAACAAACAGAUCUGAUUCUGCUGAAAGAGGAGUCGAACGAUUCUGAAGAAACAAACCAGCCCGAGAAACAUCAUGAAUUCAUACCUGGAGACAAGUCCAAUAGGAGCUCACAAACCGAAAACCCUUCCUCGCGGAACAAAACGGAAGGUAGUUCCGCCUGCAAACAUUGUGGAGAAACGUUCACGCAUAAAUCAAGCCUAGCUCUCCACAUGAAAGUUCACACGGGAGAAAAGCCGUACGCGUGUGCCGAGUGCGGAAAGAGUUUCACGCAUAAAGGAUACCUUAAAACGCACAUGAGAAGUCACAAUGAAGAGAGCUCCUAUUUCUGCGCGCUGUGCGAAAGCAGCUUCUCGCGGAAGGGAAGUCUGAAGACGCACAUGAGGGUUCACACCGGAGAAAAGCCAUACACCUGCGCUCAAUGCGGAAAGAGUUUCACCCGGAAGGGGACUCUUAACACACACAUGAGGAGCCACUCCGGAGAAAACCAUCACGUCUGCAAACUCUGCGGGAACAGCUUUUCCCGGAAAGGAAGUCUCAAGGCUCACAUGCGCAUUCACACCGGAGAGAAACCGUACGAGUGUCCUCAAUGUAAACGGAGUUUUACACGCAAGGGAACUCUUAAUUCCCACUUAAAAACUCACAUCGGAGUGACUCCGUCCUCCAAAGUAAAGAAGAGCGUUUCUAGAAGGGAGCAUCUCAAGACGAACACCGAAGAAAAGCCGUUCGCGUGUGUUCAGUGCGGACGGGGAUUCAAAUACAAGAAAAACCUGAAUCAGCACAUGAGGAUCCACUCCAGGGAGAGCUGUUUCGUGUGCCAGCACUGCGGCCGUCGCUUCACCAGCAGGAUCUACCUCAGGAAUCAUCUGAAAACACACACGGGAGAGAAGCCGUUCGUGUGCACGCACUGCGGGAAGAGUUUCUCCCUUAAAGGAAGCAUCAAAGUCCACAUGAGGAUUCACACCGGAGAGAAGCCGUUUACCUGUGACCAGUGCGGGAAGUGUUUCCGACAUAAAGUUACGUUCAAUUACCACAUGAGGAUCCACUCUAGAGAGGACGUGUUCGAGUGUCAGCAUUGCGGGAGUGAGUUCACUGACGGUAACGAGCUGGAGAAGCACGUGAACGUCCACUUAGGAGAAAAUCCCUUCAUGUGUCAUUACUGCGGGAAGACCUGCAUAAACAACGGAAACCUGGUGAUCCAUUUACGCGUUCACACUGGAGAGAAACCGUUCGUGUGUGUUGAGUGUGGGAAGAGCUUCACGCGUAAAGGAAACCUGGAGACUCACGUAAGAACUCACACUGGAGAGAGGCCGUAUAAAUGUGCUGAGUGCGAGGAGAGUUUUGUCUAUCAGAGAGAGCUGAAACUUCAUUCGCGGGUUCAUUCGGACUCCGUGAAGGCGUUUCGGUGCUCCAAGUGUAGCAGGAGCUUUAGAAAUGGGAGCAGUUUCAAAAAUCACCUCAAACUUCAUUCUGUUGUUAGGAGGUUUAGUUGCGUUUGGUAUAAUAAACGUGUUGCUUUGCUGUCACACUCGCAGGUACGCAUGAAAAGUAUCGCUGAUAUGAAAUCCUAUGUGUGUUGCUUGUGUAGAAAGAGAUUUAAAUGGCUUAGCAAUUUGAAAUGGCACCAGAGGACGUGUAUAGUACAAACUUAAUUUAAUUUGAGGCUCGUGAUGUUUGAUUGUGUAACAACUCAGUUAAAUCCUUGCACUUUUCACCAAGAAUAAAAGC